AAGCAAUUCACAAAUUUAACAUCCACCACAAACAAAAAUAUCCCAUUAAUAAAAAAAAUGAGGAGAAAAAGAAAAACACAAAAUUUGCAGCCAAUAAAUAUUUUCGAUUGAACAGGAAAGAAGAAACCAAAAAGGAAAAGCAAUACCGCUCAGCAAUCAUCAUAUUCACUAGUAGAGGCAUUUAGCCGAGCGCUUCUUCUUCAGCCAUUUCUAUAAAGUGCAUUUUUCAGUCACUCUCGGUGCAAACUUUCCGGCAAAAAGGAAAAGAAAUCCGUCCGCCGCCGAAGUCUGUGUUGUUGCUUAUUUCAUCCAUGACUUCUCCCACACCCACUUCAUGUAAGUAUUCCUUCCAGUUUUGGACUUGUGGGCUUUUUUUUAUUCCUUUUACUUCGUAGAUUCAACAUGCAUUCUUUUCUCCUUUUGGGGUUUAUUAGCUAUUUUUGCUCGUAUUUAUUGAUGGGAUUUUCGCCUCACCCGAUGGAAAGUGGUUAUGUUCUUGAUGAAAUACCAGUCCUACAACUUUUGGAGGCGGAUUUCAGUUUUUGUUUCUUUAUAUGUGGCUUGCUGUCUAUUUGUGCUUAUAAUAAUAGUAAUCAAAUCGUUUCUUUCCAUUAGUUUAUCUUGUUACUCCGUGCUCCCUUGGUUGGACAUUCGUUUGGCUGAUAAUAAUUUUCAUACAAUAUGGAAAAGGGGAAUUCUUUAUGCACCAAAUACACCUCAAUAUUAGGUUCUGGAUGUUCGUUAAUGUUGGAAUAUUGUGUCAGUAUACAGCUUUCAGGUGGCAUCUGUCAGUUCCACUUGUUAUAGGUCGUGUGUAGCAUAUUUUAUUGGUUAUAAAAUUAUGAAUGGUUCUUCCUUCUUUUUCCUUUGCAUCUUUGGUGGUUUCAGCCCAGAUAAUGUUUUUGGGUUCAUUAUGAUUUCUUAGUUGGUUUCAUGAUAUAAUUUCACAUUUAUGCUGAAAUAGGAAGUUUUUUCUGUUGAAAAACUGAACAAUGAGUUCUUGGAUGAUUGGAUCUGCAAGCUCAGCAAGAAUGCAUCUUCUGUAGUGGUAUAGCAAUAAAUAAUGGAUUUUGAUGGGUGUAUGUAUAUACACCAACUCACAGGGGGCUGAUUUCAAAGAGUUACGAGUUGGUAGUGUUCUGUUUCCAUGAUGAUAGACUUGUCAGUUUGUGGUUCAUAUUUUCAGUCUAUUAUAUAAAAUUUGUAAAAAAGGAUAUUUGCCUUAAGUGUAGACAACUGAAUUGGAAUGUUCUAGUAUCUAUUGUAUGUGGUACAGUAUUAGACUUCACACAGAUAUUGAACCUUACUUUUGUCACUGUUUGAUGUUGCUUGGUUGUUAUUCUUGCUACCCGCUUUCAUUUCCUUGUGUUCUGAUUGGCUGCAGCAGCAGACAAUCGGGGGGAGUUGAUGAAGGGUGACAAACUUGUACUUCGAGGUUUGAAGUUCCAUGGGUAUCAUGGUGUGAAGCAGGAAGAGAGAAAACUUGGGCAGAAGUUCUUGGUGGAUGUAGAUGCCUGGAUGGAUCUUCGACCACCGGGUAUUUCUGACAACAUGACAGAUACCAUUAGCUAUACUGCCAUAUAUGCUAUAGUUAAAGAGGUUGUGGAGGGAACACCGCAAAAUCUUCUGGAAUCUGUGGCUCAUCUCAUUGCUACCAAAACCCUGGCAAAAUUUCCUCAAAUUUCUGCUGUCCGUGUGCAGGUUGGGAAGCCACAUGUGGCUGUUCUUGGUCCAGUGGACUACUUGGGUGUUGAGGUCACUAGAUACAGAGGCAUUGAUGUAUGAGAGAUUUGGAAGCACUCUUAACCUAUUUCCUCUUCUCAUGUUCAACUUAUAGACUCAUAUUUACUCUUUCAUUCUUUCACUUCAGCGAUUGCUAAUUUUGGCCUUCUAUUUCUUACAAUUUUGCUUCUAUGUUUUGUUCCGCCACGCUGAUUGCAGACUAAACUGAGUGUCAAAUAUAGUAACACGUGACAUUGAUUUGAUUACAUGUUCCAUCUGUCACGAGUCAUGAACAUAAAGCCAUAAACCGAAUGAUCUGGGUUGAUCGAAUCUGUUGUAUAUUAAGUUCAAUGGUUUGAGAAACAUUCAAAGUAGCUUUUCCAAGUUUGCAAAUAAUGCAGUUUACGCACGGAGAUCCUAGAAUGUGAGAGCUACAGUUUCCAAAGGCGAAGGCUUUGAUACGCAAACUAAGGAAUAGCUUCAUGCGUAGGAAUCCGUUCAGAAGUGUAUCAAAAAAUGAAAGCUUUUAUGCCGAAGAAUCGCAAAUUAGCUUUUCCGAACUCAAACUGGUGAUCAGAAAAAUCUAAUCUUCAAAAACAAAAAAGACAAGGCUCGAGGAAUUGAAAGAGACCUCCAUGUUCUAACCACUAAUUUGCAAACUGAAAGAUUACAUGUAUAGAUCUCAACGCAUUGCUCCAGUACAGGUCUUCAGCAUAGAUUUCCAAGAAAACUUGGUUGAACCAAUGAACCUGGUCAAGCCGCCAUUGCCUCUGAAGUAUUGGAUCUAGAUUUGCCUUUGCGGUUCCAUAUAGGAGUAGUUUCGAUAAGCUGAUGUGGAAAAAGACGCCUUCUUUGUCUGGAAAGUUUGCGGGGAUUCUUAACUUUCAACCUUGCAAUUAUUGCUUCCUCCUCUGCGGUUAUCUCCCUAAGCACAACCGUCAAUCUACAUUCCGGUCUAACUCUUACACCAGCCCUACCUUUAGCAUGGAUAGACACUCUUUUCUUGAAAAAUCCCUUUCCAACAAAUGCCUCAGCUGCAAGAAAGACUAUCAUGAAUAAAAAAGCUUCAAAUGAAAAGCUUCAAAUGAAAACUGCAUGAACAAACUUCUACAGUUUACCAACAAGUAGACGGUCCGGAUCUAAUCCAUGAUUAUGGGCAGCAUUUGCUCGGGCUGAAUGAAUAACCUGCAAAGCAAUGACUGUCUUAGCACUGAAAAACGACAAUAUUAUAUAAGUCAACUAAUUUCGAACCACUAAUACUCCCUGCAGAACUUUUUAGGAUAAGACAACACAAAGCAUGAACUAAACAGAAAUCCAUUAAAAUUUGAGUUUUAACCACCUGAUAAACUGUUUUAGAGGCUCUCUUCACAGUUACUUGUAGUUGCAUUAAAGCAUCCUCAACACGCAUACCACGGACUAAUGCAGCGACCAAGUUCACCUUUUUAGGACUCUGGAUGACAUUGAAGAUAGACAACUUGUCAAUACCCCUCAAAAAAGGAAAAAAAAAAAAAACAAAGGAAGAGAAAUAUAAACUACCGAAGCUAUACCAUCUGCAACAAUCCAAGUUUCCUAUUUAAUUCAAAAGCAUAGGAAUUUGAAAAGAAGAUUCAUGAAUAGUCAUCACGAUAGUGCAACAAUUGCAAUAUGAAAAUUUAACUUUGCCGGUGAAAAUUGAAGUAAUUAAAAGAUCCUUUUCAGAUGUUCAACAGGAUAUGUAUUUCAAUGUAUGCUUGAUAAAGCCAACUAAAAGCAUCUCCUACUACCAAACCUGCUAGACACUCAUACCUGCUUUAUUCCCUUUAAGAUUGCUUGAACCGUUUCAGGUUUAGAUACUGCCUUUUCAGGUUCAACCUUGCCGCUUUCCAAUGCUAAUGGAGUCAGCAACGGGGAAGAAACAGGAGUUUCAUUAGAAGAUUCAGAAAGUAGCAUUCUUGAGGUAGUGAAUCCCUGUUACAUGGUACAUUUUGCAGGUUAUACAUGUUAGAUUAAUAUGAGUAUAUUUGGUGUAGUCACUGAAAUGAUAACAGACGAAGAAUGUCCACCACAAUCUACAUAUUGUUGUGCCAUACUGAAUGAAAACGAAAACUUUAACACUUUAAUAAAAAUGAAUUUUGUAGUUUAUUUAGACAAUUUGGAGUUAUAAAACAGUUCCUAUCCAGAAAGAGGUAAAGAUCGUAAUUCAGAAUCAGGGGACACCAAUAGAGUUGUUAAUUACAAAUUAAAUAAAACCAAUAACAUGAAGGUUCAGUUACCAAUUGCUGUGCAAAGCGGUGUAGUGGCCUUGUUGUGCAACUAAAAUGAGAAUUCCAUGGGUUUCGUCCAUGCACAACCUCACCUGCAGAAGAUCGUUCCAUCAGUUAACAAUCUCAUAGGCAAAACGCCAAGCUUGAGGCUUUGCAUUCUUUGAAAUGAAUAAAUAUGGCAUUGCAAAUAUAACACAUAGCUCAACCCAAAAGUUAAUAAAAUCAGCCAUAAACUAAAAACUGAAAAGAACUACCAAAUGCUGAAGAAGCCUUCGAAUGGUAAGCUGAGCAUGGAGAAGAAAUGCAACUGCCCUCAAAUCUUCUCCUAGUUUGACGCAGUAAAGUCUGCAAAUGCCGCUGCCAGCCUACCAUGGGUUAUCUAACGAAAAUUCCACC